AUGAUAAAACAAAUAAUUAUCAUCUUUCUGAGCUUAACGACUAUUAAAAUAAAUUUUCAAUUUGCAUUUGCUGAAGAUGAAGAACCAUUUGUAAUAGAUUAUGAUGAUGUUCAGGAUGCUAAAACACGUUUACAGUUUCUUUCAAAAGAUAUCGAAGAUGUUUUUGGUAAUUAUAAAUACGAAUAUUUUCUGCUAAAAGGUAAAGGAAUAAAAGGAAAUAUAACGGCAAAAGAAAAAAUGAUAGCGAGAAUUAGAAGUGCAGCGGAAAAUAGUUCAUUAGCAAGUAAUAACACUAAUGCAACAGAACCAAAAUUUAAGUUAGAAUAUCUACCUCCAAAAUAUGGGCCAGUAAUUACAGUAGUGGUAGUUGUCGUUACUGUAGUGGCCGUAGGGUUGGGUUGUAUAGUAAUACGUCUGGCUUUUAAAAUUACUUCAGCUGCUGUAUAAGAAAAGUUUUCCAUUCCAGCCACGCCCAGCGAACGAUAUACAUUAAUUGAUUCUUGAUUGAAAAAGAUCAGAGAACAAUUUCGGAAUCAAUCAGAAAUAUCAACUUCUAUUCAAGCCUAUUUGAAUUGAAAUUAAUCGAUUUGAAUUGAAUCGAAUUUGGAAUGGCAGAAGCGAUCCCAAUAAUUAUUGAAAAAUUAAUUGACAUGAUGAAAAAAAGGCCUAUUAAUACAGUCGAUUUUCGUUGAUUUUCUGGAAAUACAUCGCUCCAAAAAGUUAUUAUUUUCCUAUUUUGUUGCAUAGAAUUUUUAACUGAUAGGAACUGGGAAAGGAAUUAAAAAAUCUUAAGAUAAGGUGGAUAAAUUGAUUAACUAGAAUCGAAAUUCAAUAUUUUACACUUUAUUAGAAAUGUUUUUAUUUGCCUAACAUAUAAUGAGAAUUAUGUCCCGCCCCCAAUUAUAUAAUCAUUUUUUGUUUUUGUUUAGCGCGGAGUGUUUGACGUGAAUCAUCAUGACAUAUAGCAACACGUAACCCUAAAAAAUUGGCAGUUGCUAUGCACAAAAUUACAGUCACUUAUUAGAAUUUAAAAUCUAGAUACACGUUUUCAUCUCUUUAAUAAUUUUUUUUUUUUUACAUUUAGUAAUUAUAAGAUAGAGCUAGCGGUGCAUUGCGCAUUCUAAAAUGAAAUUGCAGUAA